GCCCGCGGCCCCGCGGGGCGCACAGCUCCGAUGGCUCGCCACCCCGGCCGCUGCCUGCUGCUGCUGCUGCUGCUCACCUGUUGCCCUGCGGCCGCCCAGGUUGACCUACUGAGCCUGAACUGGCUGUGGUCCACUAGGACCGCCAGGCCCACGGCCGAACCGGUGUCGGAGGCCCCGGGGAGCCCACAUGUGCAGCCCAGAGACGAGACCGGCACGCCUGUGACCCCCCAGCCCGGCCCCACGGAGCAGGGCAAUGCCCCCGCCAGCCCGGAGCCGCCUCUGCGGGGGCUGGAGACCGACGAGCACGCGGCCUCCGCCGCACCCUCUGCCCCCCCCGCGGGCCCGGACCCGAAGGAGGAGAAGGAGGAGAACAUCGCCGGCGUGGGAGCCAAGAUCCUGAACGUGGCUCAGGGCAUCCGGAGCUUCGUCCAGCUGUGGGACGACACCACGCGCCCGGAGAGCUCCAGCACGGCCGGGACGCCCGCCCCCGUGACCCCCACCAGCCCCCUCGCCCUCCCGGGGCCCUCCCGGCCCCCCCCGGAGAACGGGACGGCUCUCUGGCUGGGCAGCACGGAUGCCCCGCGCGUGGAGGCCAGCACCCUGCCGGCGCCCACCCGGCUGCCCCCCUCCCUGGACAGGCCCCGGGCAGCGCUCAGGGAGCCCUCGGGGCCGCCGCCUUCUCCAGAGAGCCGGGGCUCGGAGGUGGGGCUCCUGCAGCUGCUGGGAGAGCCCCCGCCCCAGCAGGUCACCCAGGUGGACGACCCCGACGUGGGGCCGGCCUUCGUCUUCGGCCCGGACGCCAACAGCGGCCAGGUGGCCCGGUACCACGUCCCCAGCCCGUUCUUCCGUGACUUCUCGCUGCUCAUGCACGUGCGGCCGGCCACCGAGGGCCCGGGGGUGCUGUUUGCCAUCACGGACGCGGCCCAGGCGGUGGUCUCCGUGGGCGUGAAGCUGUCGGGCGUGCGUGACGGGCAGCAGCACGUCCAGCUCCUGUACACGGAGCCCGGGGCCGCCCGGACCCGCACGGCCGCCAGCUUCCGCCUGCCCGCCUUCACCGGCCAGUGGACGCGCUUGGCGCUCAGCGUGGACGGCGCGACGGUGGCGCUGUUCGUGGACUGCGAGUUGUUCCAGAGGGUGCCCCUGGAGCGCUCCCCGGGGGGCCUGCAGCUGGAGCCCGGCGCCGGCCUGUUCGUGGCCCAGGCGGGAGGAGCGGACCCCGACAAGUUCCAGGGGAUGAUCGCGGAGCUGAGGGUGCGUGGGGACCCGCACGUGAGCCCCCUGCACUGCCUGGAGGAGGACGACGACGACAGCGGCGGGGUGUCCGGAGACUUCGGGAGCGGGCUGGAGGACGACCGGGAGCCGUCGGGUCUGCUCCCCAAAGCCGAGCUCCCCGAGGCUCCCCCGGUCACUUCUCCGCCCUUGACUGGAGGCAGGGACGUGGAAGAUUCCAGAAUGGAAGAAAUCGAGGAAGAAGCCACGGCGUCCCCGUUGGGAGCUCGGACCCUCCCCGGCUCGGCUACAGUCACUGCAGAGAGCGCCCAACGCCUUGGGGGCAGCCUGCAGGAGGCUCCUACAGGCCCUGCGGCGCACAACCCUGAAGCAUGGCCGGGACCCGGGCCACAGGGCCCCCCGGGCCCCCCAGGGCCGCCGGGGAAGGAUGGCACCCCUGGAAGGGACGGUGAGCCGGGGGAUCCCGGUGAGGACGGGAGGCCGGGUGACCCUGGGCCGCAGGGCUUCCCCGGAACCCCGGGAGACGUGGGCCCCAAGGGCGAGAAGGGCGACCCUGGGGUCGGGCCAAGAGGACCCCCAGGACCCCAAGGGCCUCCAGGGCCACCAGGACCCUCCUUCAGACACGACAAGCUGACCUUCAUUGACAUGGAGGGUUCCGGGUUCGGCGGUGACCUGGAGAGCCUCCGAGGCCCCAGAGGCUUCCCCGGCCCCCCUGGGCCCCCCGGCGUCCCAGGCCUGCCCGGAGAGCCAGGCCGCUUCGGGAUGAACAGCUCGGACGUCCCAGGCCCCGCAGGCCUUCCUGGUGUCCCCGGGCGGGACGGGCCCCCUGGACUUCCCGGCGCCCCGGGACCGCCAGGCCCUCCGGGGAAAGAAGGAGGACCAGGGAAGCCCGGCCCGAAAGGCAGCCCCGGUGACGCGGGCGCCCCAGGACCUAAGGGAAGCAAGGGUGACCCCGGCCCCAUCGGCGUUCCAGGGGAGAGCGGCUUGGCAGGACCCCCCGGGCCGGCUGGACCGCCAGGGCCCCCCGGACCCCCGGGGCCACCGGGACCAGGACUGGCCGCGGGGUUUGUUGACAUGGAAGGCUCGGGGGAACCCUUCUGGUCGACGGCGCACGGAGCCAGCGGGCCGCAGGGACCGCCAGGCCUGCCCGGGGUCAAGGGGGACCCUGGGAUAGUGGGACCACCGGGCGCCAAGGGAGAAGUCGGCGCAGAUGGGCCUCCCGGGUUCCCCGGCCUCCCUGGCAGAGAGGGCACGGCCGGAGCGCAGGGACCCAAAGGAGAAAAAGGGACCCAGGGAGAGAAAGGCGAGCCAGGGAGGGACGGAGUGGGGCAGCCUGGGCUCCCCGGACCCCCCGGACCCCCGGGGCCCGUCGUCUACGUGUCAGAGCAGGAGAGAGCGGCGACAGGCGUGCCGGGACCCGAGGGCCGGCCGGGACACGCGGGCUUUCCUGGUCCGGCCGGGCCGAAGGGAGAUCUGGGCUCCAAAGGCCAGCGGGGCCCCCCAGGGCCCAAGGGCGAGAAGGGCGAGCCGGGCCCGGCGUUCAGCCCCGACGGCAGCAUGCUGGCCCCCGCCCAGAAGGGGGCCAAGGGAGAACCCGGCUUCCGAGGCCCCCCGGGUCCCUACGGGCGGCCGGGGCACAAGGGAGAGAUCGGCUUCCCUGGGCGGCCGGGUCGCCCCGGGAUGAACGGACUGAAGGGGGAGAAAGGGGAGCCAGGACAGGCCAGCGCCGGCUUCGGUAUGACGGGUCCACCCGGUCCCCCAGGGCCUCCGGGGCCCCCAGGCCCUCCUGGGACUCCCGUCUAUGACAGCAACGCAUUUAUGGAGCCUGGCCACCCCGGACCUCCAGGAUUGCCAGGGCACCAGGGACCUUCUGGACCAAAGGGUGACAAAGGAGACGUGGGCCCUCCAGGACCACCAGGCCAGUUCCCCUUCGACCUCCUCCAGCUCGGGGCUGAGAUGAAGGGGGAGAAGGGCGACCGAGGCGACGCCGGGCAGAAGGGCGAGCGCGGUGAGCCCGGGGGGGGCGGGUUCUUCGGCUCAAGCGUGCCCGGCCCCCCCGGCCCCCCGGGCUACCCCGGCAUCCCGGGUCCCAAGGGAGAGAGCGUUCAGGGCCAUCCCGGCCCCCCUGGACCUCAGGGUCCCCCUGGCAUCGGCCAUGAGGGGCGUCGGGGGCCUCCCGGGCCCCCCGGCCCCCCCGGGCCCCCAGGACCCCCUUCCUUUCCUGGCCCUUACAGGCAGACUAUCAGUGUCCCCGGCCCCCCCGGACCCCCCGGGCCUCCCGGCCCCCCUGGAACCAUGGGCACGUCCUCAGGGCAGGUGCGCAUCUGGGCCACGUACCAGACGAUGCUGGACAAGGUGCCGGACGUGCCGGAGGGCUGGCUCAUGUUUGUGGCCGAGAGGGAGGAGCUGUACGUCCGGGUCCGGAACGGGUUCCGGAAGGUUCUGCUGGAGGCGCGGGUGCCACUCCCACGCGGGACGGACAACGAAGUGGCCGCCUUGCAGCCCCCCGUGGUGCAGCUGCACGAGGGCAACCCAUACCCCCGGCGGGAGCCCACCCACGCCACGGCGCGGCCCUGGCGGGCAGAUGACAUCCUGGCCAGCCCCCCGCGCCUGCUGGACCCCCAGCCCUACCCCGGGGCCCCGCACCACGGCUCCUACGUGCACUUCCAGCCGGCUCGCCCCACUGGUGGGCCCGUCCACACCCACACCCACACCCACCAGGACUUCCAGCCGGUGCUGCACCUGGUGGCCCUGAACAGCCCGCAGCCGGGCGGCAUGCGAGGCAUCCGGGGAGCGGACUUCCAGUGCUUCCAGCAGGCGCGCGCCGCGGGGCUGGCCGGCACCUUCCGGGCCUUCCUGUCGUCGCGGCUGCAGGACCUCUACAGCAUCGUGCGCCGCGCCGACCGCACCGGGGUGCCCGUCGUCAACCUCAGGGACGAGGUGCUCUUCCCCAGCUGGGAGGCCUUAUUCUCGGGCUCCGAGGGCCAGCUGAAGCCCGGGGCCCGCAUCUUCUCUUUCGACGGCAGAGAUGUCCUGCAGCACCCCGCCUGGCCCCGGAAGAGCGUGUGGCACGGCUCCGACCCCAGCGGGCGCCGCCUGACCGACAGCUACUGCGAGACGUGGCGGACGGAGGCCCCGGCGGCCACCGGGCAGGCGUCGUCGCUGCUGGCGGGCAGGCUGCUGGAGCAGGAGGCCGCGAGCUGCCGCCACGCCUUCGUGGUGCUCUGCAUCGAGAACAGCGUCAUGACCUCCUUCUCCAAGUAGGGCCGCGCGGCCCACGGACAGGCGGGGGAGGGGGCGCCCGCAGGAGCAUCCGCCGCCCCGGGGGGGCCUGGCCGGGACGCUUGCCUGCACCGUCACGUUUAAUGUAAUCCUCGAGAAAUAAAAGGAAGCCAAAGAGUGUAUUUUUUACAAAGUUUAAAACGAAA